AUCAAACAUGAGCCAAAUUCUCUACGUUUUCUGCGCUUUUGUGCUGUUAUCCUGCUUAGAGGAGCAGGUUUUGGCGCCGGGACCCUUGUUGGCCACUGAACACGAACAAACCACAAUAAUCGUUACGCCUGAUUG